AUGGACGGCACGACCAACCCCGGAUGGGGAAGCGGGCACGAGCCCGUCGACAAUUCGUGGGCGGACAAUUUGGUCGCCCAAAAGCCAGCGACCAUUCUGCGUGCGUGGUGCCGCGUGCCCGUCUCGGCCGGCUCUUCGACUCUUCGAAAGGGCAUGACAAUCAUGAAGCGGGUGGGCCGAGUGGCUCGUGUGGUGGCGGCCAGCCAGGCCGCAGCAGAGAUCGAGGUGGCAGAAGACCUCGAGGAGGCCCAGCAGGCGAACCGUCGCCGUCUCAACUCGUUUGUGUCGACGGCUGACGCCGUGUUGGAGUUGGUGGGAGAGUCUCUGUCCAGAGCAGAGGUGGCAAGCGCCGUCAUGCGCGCCAAGGUGGACGUUGCAAACUGCUACCUCCACGAAGAAUACACCGACGUAUCAGAGCAGAGAAACCUGGCCAAGCAGAGCCAGUACACCAAGAAGACUGUCCCCCUGAAGCGCCGCUUCAGCAACUAUUCCUCAGUCGAUUUCGAGUACGCGAGCGGAGGCAAUGGCUACGCCAUUUACAGCGAGCUCCACCCUAUACUCUCCAGAGCUAUGCAGAGCGGCGUCACCGAAAUCGACGUCAGCAUGGCAUCCAUCACAGAGGCUGGAGUCCACCUACGAUCUAUGUCUCGCAACCCCCGAGUUCUUCUGGCUGCCAGCGGCAUGCCAGAGCUAUCAGAUAUCGCCGACGACAGCGAGCCGUCCAGCGUCCUGACCUUGGAGCCUAACGAGUCCAUGUCAGACGCCAAGUCUCCCACGAAGCGAGCCUCUACCCAGUCCCCAAGCCCUACCAAGAGCAGCAAGAGCUUCCGCAAGAGACUCAGCGACACCAUUGUCAGACUGUUGCCAGGAUCCUCCCCUCGGGCUGAGCCUUCUCCCAUCAAGCCGUCUUCUCCUCCUACACCCAGCAAGGACUUUGAAAGCCCUCGUCAGCAAACGCCCUCUAUUACCAUUCCCAAGAGCCCCAGUGCAUCCAAGUCGCCUUUACUAUCGGCAAACUCUACUCCCGGCCUCAUUCGAUGGUCCAACCGCUCUUCCAAAGAAUCGCCUUUUGCUCGAUGGCGCCCAAAGCGCAAAUCGGAACCCGCUCGCCUCUCGACAACACCUUCAUCCCCUCGCAACGACUCCUCCACCUUUGACAUUAGCAUGGAAGACAGCUCUAUCAUGUUUGGAUCCCCUACGCACCAGCCUCGCCCUAACGCCCCUACUCCUUCUAAAUGGAGCGGCCUUCUACCUUCGACCCCUAGCCAAAAGGCUUCCUCUGCAGCUGCCACGCCCGCCAAUGACGGAGCGUCUCUCGGUUUGGUCAAAUCCUUGCCUGAGUGGAUGCAGCACAACCAGUCACCCGCAACUCUCGAAAAAUACGACCCCAGCCACAUUGAAUUCCGACCCUCCUCUCCAUCAUUCACCAAUUCAGCUUCGUGGGUUAAUGUCCCAACGGACUCAAUUGAGAUUGAGCGCACCAAGAUUGUCAGGCGACGCAAAAGUGAGCCGCUGGUCAGAAACAUGCUCAAAUCCCACACUUUGCGACGAACCUCACUUUCAGCUCAGAUCAGAUCGAUUGGGGCCAUGCCCACCAUUGAUGAACCAGCCUUUCCCAGCGAUAAUUCCAUCUCUCGAAUUCCCGAGCAUUCUCAAACUUCUAACCCCUUCAACUCUUCUGCGACUCAGUCAAACACUCUCAUCAACGCUGCUACCGAACAAACCGAAGACAUGGACGCCCAAGACAUGCAAGCCCAAGACAUGCUCGCCCAAGGCGUGGACCCCCAAGAUCCACACGAUUUCCACCGCCUCUCGUGGGAUUACAAGGCGCAGAUAGAGGAUGUGCUCAGAGAGAGAAGAAAUGCCCCUCCUCCUGUUCGCCAUCCAGACGAUGUUUUCGACGACCCCAACGACAGAUACCGCCGUGAAUCUCCUCCCCCGCAUAACCCUGUGGAGCGGCUGGCCCGCAUGGCAGAGACCGGAUGCUACGACAAGGCUGGCGUCAUAAUUGCUGAGAGGGGAGAAAGGCUUCUUGUUCAGUUUAAGCUGCCGAUCAAGUACAUUGAGCAUUUCCCCCAAGACUCACAGGCAGGCAGAGACCCCUGGCGGCCAGACCCUCAAGCACACUACUUCCAGCGCAAAUUCCCAGGAGAAACACCUAGCCCUGAACCUCGACAGAGGUCUGAAUGGAGCUCAUCGCCUCUCGCAGAGGAAGAAUCUCAUCUCGCUGAUAAGACCCUUGUUGUUUCCGACUUUGGCGGCUCUCCUAGCAAGCGCGCUUCACUGUCGGCUGAGAAUGAAGAAUCUCAUCCCAUGAACGAGACUCUCGUUGUUUCCGAUUUCGGCUCACCUGUGAUGCCCUUAACAUCUCCCGACCCUGAAUACUUCUAUCCCAGUGAUGGAACUCUCAUUGUUUCCGAUUUUGCUACCUCGCCUGCCAAGCGCUGCUCGUCUUCUCGUCAAAGCAUCGCCAACAGCUCACCCGCCCCUGCAUCGCAAAAGGUUCCUUUCACACCUGCCGAUCAGUUCAUCAUUCCCGACUACGUGACCACAUCUGAGAGAAAAGUCUAUCAGCCUGGCAUGGUCUAUAAGCCUGACAUGAACUCGCAGCCUCUCGCAGCCCCGGAACUUCCCACAAUCCCAGAGCUUCCCAUGAACUCAGAGCUUGCCGUUAAUACCGACAGCUCGUCUCUCUCUGACCUUGAGAAUACGCCUCCUCUGAACGAAUCAUCGGCAUUGAACAUUGCCAUCAUGGCCGCCGAGAACGAAAGAGAGCAAUCUGCCUAUGCAGACGCCGAACCGUCGCCCGCCGAUUCAACCACCACCAACGAUCCUCUCUCAACCUCACCCAUCUCAUUUACACCCGUGAACCAAUCCAGCGCUCAAAAGAAAGCAGCUAGCCCUACCCUUAGCAACAAGCAAGGCUCCUCUACCAGUCCAGAAUCCGGAAAGCCAUACCCCAUCAGCCACGACGAUACCCCUGAGCGCGAUUAUCUGCGCGAUUUCAUCAGACGCUCGAAGCCCCGACGUCUCUCUACCACCGAGACCGGCUCCCCCAUCGCCAUCGCCCCUGUGCAGCGUCAACCUCUUGGAGCUAGAAGCCCUAACAUGGAGACUCAGCCAAAGGAGAAGCGCAAGUUUGAGAGCAGCGAAGGAGAAGAGAACGAGAACGAGCCAGAGGCCAAGCCGGAGCCUGCUGCCAAGCGAGUUCGCCGUGUUCAUCGAACCACCCCGCCAAAGCCAAAGCCUGUUGCUACCAUGAAUCACUCAGAUGAUGAAGAUCCCCUCGCCAAGGACGUGGCACCAACAUCAGUCAAGACCAGUGAUGCUGUCGACGAGCUGGCAAACCACGAAGAGCAGGAAGAGGCCCCCGUUCCGGCUGCAUCUCGCCGAUCCUCGCGUUUGAAGACCAAGCCAAGCGCCAUUCCCAAGCCGUCGACUCCAGCACCCACCAAAGUCGGUCGUGGACGUCCCCCUAACACCCUAGGCUCCGUGCGCAACGAACAGCAGGACUUGGUCCACCAAACCCGCGCCAACACUCGCCGUAACAAGGGGAAUGCUGAGUAUCCUGCCCAAUUUUUGGCUCGGCACUCUGAGGAGGAAGAGGAAGAGGCAAGCCAGCAGGACGAAACCGAGACCUCCAAGGCUGGACGUGGCAAGAGCGUCGUUUGGAAGGAGCCGUUGGCCUCGUACCAGGAGGAAGAGAAGCCAAAGAGGGGGCGGCCGGCCAAGGCCAAGGCCACGGUGGUCGGGAGCCGGGUCUCCAAGCCCGCGGCCAAACCCUCGGCGGCGGCGCAGAAGCAGCGGUCCAGUAGGAUCGCGGCCGGCCUAGGAAUGGCAGGGAACGGGACUCCUGCCCCCAAGCGCGCGACUCGCGCGUCAACACGGAGUCGGAAGUGA